UCAUGUUAUUUUUUCCAACUAAGAUUGCACUUUUUAUUCUUCUUUCUAUUACUCUAUCUCCACUGUCUUUUCUGUCAGGAAGAGAAGAACUCCAAAGCUUAAAGAAGAAACUUCCCACACUGCAAUUCUCUUUUCUUCCCUUCCCCUCCAUCCAAUUUGGAAUGUAUGUAAAUUUCCAUUACAGAUAUAACAAGUUUGCUUAUUCUCUUCUUCCAUGAACGAGGCCCGAAUUGAAAUCACGAUUCCACACUUGUUCAGAUGCCCAAUAAGCUUAGACUUGUUGGAAGAUCCAGUGACACUAUGCACAGGCCAAACCUAUGACAGAUCAAGCAUUGAAAAAUGGCUUUCUGCUGGUAACCUCACUUGCCCAGUCACAAUGCAGAAGCUUCACGAUCCUUCCAUUGUUCCCAACCACACUCUCCGCCACUUGAUCGACCAGUGGCUCCAACUUGGCCACCAAUUCCACCCUGGAAACUCCGCAACAAUCGAUUACUUGACCAGCCUCAAACACGCUCUCCAGUCUCCUGACUCCUCCUUGGACCACAAGUUACAAGCACUCCACAAGAUUCAACUACUCUCCGACGAGUACUGCUCCUUUAAGCGCUCAUGCUUUAACCAACUGAGCUAUUUGACGCUUCUAUUACAACUUGUUUUUGAAACAAGAUCCAUGGAAUUCACAGAGCUGGCGCUUUCUUGCAUCGUAAAGUUGCUUCCUCUCGUGAAUUUGGAUCCGCUGAACAUGAUCAAAGACGAGUCGAAGCUAUCAACGUUUGUUUCGUUAUUGGAAAAGGGAACAACCAAAACCAAAACUAGCUUGUGCCAUCUCAUAGAUUCAACCGCAACAUCAACACAAACGCAAGAGUUAUGUCACGUGCUUGGAAAUUCACGGAAGGUGAUAGAAGAGAUUGUGAGACUAGCUCGCGAAAUCCAGGAGGAAGAGUCAUCUAAAGCAGGAAUCAAAGCCAUGUCAGCAUUAUGCAGCUUGCAAUCGAACAGAGAGAGUUUGGUGAGAGGAGGAGCAAUUGAUGGAGUGAUAGCAUACAUGUCGGGAUCUGACAAGUUGCAGAAGAAUUUGGCUCCAAUGGCAAUGGGGAUAAUAGAGAAGCUUGUGGUGUUAGAGAGUGGGAAAGUGGGAGUGGUGAACCACCCGAGUGGUAUUCAAACGGUGGUGAAGAUGGUGUUCAGGGUUUGCAACAACCAAGAGUAUUGCUGUAGUGAGGUUGCUGUUGGGGUGCUUUUGGUAAUUUGUCGUGAUUAUGGGGUUGCAAGAGAGGAAGCCAUUGGAGCUGGGAUCUUGACUCAGUUGCUUUUCCUUCUUCAGAGUCAGUGUGGUAACAAAACCAAGACCAAGGCCAGGAUGCUUCUCAAGUUGUUGAGAUCCAAGUGGAAUCAGGAAUCAAACAACAAACUAUGAACAACAAUCAACAAUCUGUAGAUCCAUUGUGAAUAAUAAUUAAUUAAUAAAUUAAAUCAAGCAGUAUUUAGUUAGUUUUGUGGGGUCUUAUUGUAUUGAUCACAUUGUUGUUGCUGUGCAGUAUUUGUAUACCACAUAUAUACUUUGUAAUUAUAUAUGAUUAUUGUCA